CGGCCUUGAACCCUCCCCUAUCCCAUAAUUUUAUGUGUGCAUGCGCAAUAAGUUAACUAGUACUUCCACAUAAACAAAUAAAUAAAAUAUCGUAAAUUUUGACAGUUUCAAGAUGUUUUCUGGAGCUCAGAUGUAGUCGAUCAUUGAAAACAAAAUGGCGGAAGUUGACGAAACAAUCCUUUCAGACGGUAGCGACAUUGAGGUCGAUUUUGACGAUUCUGAUGAUGAAAAUUUCAUCGGAAACCUAAGAAAUGUUGACAAUCAGGAAAUGCAACUUUUGAAUUUGGAUCUGGGAUUAGAUAUUGACGGUAAUUUAAUGGACUCUGACAAUGAAAAUGAUUUCAUGGGAUUUGAUGAUGGGUGGAGGUAUGACGAUUUUCACUCCAGGCCCUAUCCACUAUUCAAUAUGGACGCUGGUAUCAGAGAAUUGGACCCCCCUGAUUCAACUGCAUUACAUUAUUUUGAUCUUAUGUUCAAUGAUGACAUCAUGCAGUUGAUUGUUAGCGAGACAAAUAGGUAUGCCCCAGAUGUUGGACCAAGAUGGCACCACUUGUUGAGGAAGAACUCCGAGCCUUUCUUGGGAUAUGUUUAUCCAUGGGGAUUAUGAAACUUCCAAAUAGGUGUGUUUUUUAAUUUACUGAACACUGAAUAAUUGAAGCUUGCACAUUAUUUUACAGUUAAUUAUUUAUAAUUCAUUUU